CUCAUUCUCUCUUCAAACACACACUUUAACAACAUGAAUAAAAUGAACAUGUUCACAGUGUUUUUGGUUGCUAGUCUGAGCAAUAUUGCAUUAUGUUCAGCCGAUGGGCUAUUACCAAAUGGCAACUUCGAGUACGGCCCAAAACCUUCGCAAAUGAAAGGAACCCGCGUAAUCAACCCACACGCAAUACCCUUUUGGGAAUUGUCCGGUUUUAUUGAGUACAUAAAAUCGGGCCACAAGCAAGGCGACAUGCUAUUGGUCGUGCCUGAGGGGGCCUCCGCCGUACGGUUAGGCGAGGAGGCCUCCAUCAAGACCAAGGUUAAGGUCACAAGCGGCAUAUUUUAUUCCAUUUCGUUUAGUGCGGCUAGGACAUGUGCCCAAGAGGAGAAGUUGAAUGUAUCCGUUCGGCCCAGUAAGGAGCCCAAUGGUUGGGGAGUCCUGCCCAUACAGACUGUUUACAGUAGCGAUGGGUGGGAUACGUAUUCUUGGGGCUUUUUGGCCCAGUCCAAUGAGAUUGAGAUCACGUUCCAUAAUCCUGGAAAGGAAAAGGAUCCAGCUUGCGGCCCAGUUAUCGAUUCUGUUGCUAUCAAGGCCCUACGUGCAUCAACGAGGAAAAGAGGCAACAUGUUGAAAAAUGGGAACUUUGAAGAGGGUCCAUACAUCUUCCCUAAAUCAACUUGGGGAGUCCUAAUUCCUCCCAAUAUUGAAGAUCAUCACUCCCCAUUACCCGGUUGGAUUAUCGAGUCCCUCAAAGCCGUGAAGUACAUCGACUCCGAUCACUAUGUGGUGCCUGAAGGCAAACGAGCGGUUGAAUUAGUUGCUGGUAGAGAAAGUGUAUUAGUACAGAUCGUGAAAACUGUACCAGGAAAGCUUCAUGAACUCAUAUUCACAAUAGGCGAUGCGAAAAAUUCUUGCCAAGGACAAAUGGUGGUUGAGGUGAUGACGGGUAGAGAGAGGUUUGAAGUUCCUUACGAGUCGAGUGGCAAUGGAGGAUUCAAACAAACUAAGCUCAAGUUUAAAGCCGUGUCACCACGUACAAGAGUUAGAUUUUUGAGCUUGAAUUAUCAUAUGAAGAGUGACAAUUCAGGUUCUUUAUGUGGUCCGGUGAUUGAUGAUGUAAGGUUGGUUAGUGUUCGCUAUGCAAAACGGGUUUAA